GCGAUUUUUCUAACUUAUCUUUAUUUUACUGUUACUUCCAUCUCUCUCUCUCUCUCUCAGCUCCGUAUUGACGCGACAAAUCUUUCAAAAUCCAAAACCAAAAGUACACCAAAACUACGCGUUCUUUCUCUUUCUCUCUCUUUCUCCAAAACCCUAGCUUCUCUCACCUCUACCAUCUCUCCGUGUUCGCCUUGAAUUGAAUCCAUUUCAAUUCUCAUAGUCUGAAUCUGCUGGAUACUUAUAUAUAGAUCGUUGUCGGAGAUAUGGAUGAGAAGGACAAGGUCAAUCCGGCGAACGAGUUCUCGAUCCAGUCGAGCUGGGGACUCGGUGGCGACUCGGACAGCGUUUACAGCUUCUUCGGAAAUGAUAGAGAGAGCACCAUACUGAACGAGUUCGGGUGGAAUCUUCAGACACCGGACACCGCUGGUAGUGAAGCCGGCGGUAUCAGAGAGUUUGAUCCGAUCGAGUCGGAAUUGGCGGGAAACAGCGCGGUUCAGUCUUUGCCGGAGAGAGAUAGUGCAUUUCAGGAGGUCCAAACCGGAAUUAUAGAGAAAGUGGGCGAUGCAUCGAUUUCGAAUCCGUCGGUGUCUUCGAGUUCCUCUGAGGAUCAUCCGGAGAAAUCGACGGCUUCAGGCGGUAAACAGCCGUCGGAGACAGCGAGCAAGGUCAAAAAGAAGGGGCAAAAGCGGAUCCGACAACCACGUUUUGCAUUCAUGACUAAGAGCGAAGUUGACCAUCUUGAGGAUGGUUACCGAUGGCGGAAAUAUGGACAAAAAGCCGUUAAGAAUAGUCCAUAUCCUAGGAGCUACUAUCGUUGUACAAACAGCAAAUGCACUGUGAAAAAAAGAGUUGAACGCUCGUCUGAAGAUCCCACUACAGUAAUCACUACAUACGAAGGCCAGCAUUGUCACCAUACUGUUGGGUUUCCCAGAGGUGGUGGAUUCAUUAGUCAUGAAACUACCAUUGCCAGCCAGUUAACUCCUUCAGGCUCGCAGUUUUAUUAUCCAUCAAUUCAAUUUCCUCAACAAAGUUCUCUUGGUUUCAGACCAACACAAGAAGUCCCAGGUGAAUCUGGACAAACUCACAGAGUCCCGGAUUCAACCCCACGGCUUCCCACCGAUGAAGGACUUCUUGGGGAUAUUGUGCCUCCUGGAAUGCGCAAUCGAUAAAAUAAAGGCCAUACACGUGGAAGAUGGUAUUGAAGUUGAAGCAGAUGAAUUCAAAUUACACUACUAUACUGAAGGAGGGGA